AAACAGGGCUGGGACACAUUUAAAAGUCAAUGCACUCUUGCUGGAUAGUAAUUUAACCCACAUCAGGGACAAGAGGUUGAGAAGCAGAGACGGACUCUUAUAAAACCUGGUUUUAUUUUUGACUUCAUCAUGAGAAUUACACAGCAUCUGCUGGUGUUCAUAUCACUCCUGUCACUCACCAGGGCACAAACAGCAACUGUAGCAGCCCCUGCAAGCACCGUAGUGCCAACAGAAAGUGCAACCACCUCAGCCAUUGCACAAACAGCUGCAGAGCCAUGGACAGCACCGGCUAUAUUCUAUCCAUUUCGCUCAGCAGCAGGAGACACAGAACAUUUUCUUACAGGCGAUGAAAGCUAUGAAUAUGUUGCCUUAUCCACUCCAUAUACAUUCUUUGGCCGCACAUACAACAGCUUAUAUGUUCAUUAUAACGGACUCCUUACGUUCAACCAACCUGAACCAGCAUCUGGACCUAACUAUAAUCCCACCAGAGGAACUGAAGACUUCAUUGCUCCGUUCUGGAGUGACCUUGAUGACAUUGGUUGGAUGGGCAUGUUCUCGUAUCAGGAGUACACAAAUGGAAGUGUUCUCACUCGUGCCACUCAGGAUAUAAACCAGUAUUUCCCUCAGAUGAACUUCACUGCUUCUUGGGUGUUUGUCGUCACUUGGGACUAUGUUGAAACGACGGAUAUGAAUUCAUUUAUUCGUCACUCCGCACAGGCAAUCACGUUUCAAACGGUUUUAAUUUCAGAUGGCAAUCUUUCUUUCUUUCUGAUAAAUUACGGUGACUGCGCUGUGAUUUAUGAUCAAGUGGAGGCUGGGUAUGACACAAUAAACUCCAUAAACCACUUUGUAAUUCCCGAUUCAAUUAAUGGCAACUACCAAAACCUGAAGAACACGAGUAAUGUAAACGUUCCUGGUCGCUGGGCUUUCACUGCAAACAGUGUGCUAGAAAGCAUCAUAGGAGUUCAAAUGAGACUUACAUCAUUUUCAGACCUAACACAGAGUGAAAACAUUGAGGAUGUUUUGCUGAAAAUAAAACAAGAGCUGGUCAGUCGUGGGCUGUCAAGUAACAUCAAGAUACAGUUAAGGAAAAAUACAAAGAUACAGCCGUAACAUCAGCCUCAUUCAUGGAAGUCUAUGAAGAUGAAUUUCACUGCCAUUAUUAAGAUGUAGAAACAGAUAAGGAGGAAAAGGAACUUGUAUAAUGUCUCCCUCUUCAGUUUGCUUUCUGUUUUUCACUCACAUAAAGUCAUCUACAUCCAAACAUAAUUGAGCAUAUCCAAUGGGGGGAAAAAUCAUCAGUCUUUUUCUUUGUCACAUCAUGCUUUGUAUAUUAUCAGGUCUUUUUAAUUGCUUUAGGGGUUUUAAACUCUUCAAACUUAAAAAAAAUUAAAGUCUAAGUUAAUUUACUAAAACACAACUUAAAAAAAGACAAAUACUUGACCAAGUUGUAAAAUACGUGCUUUGCCUUUUAAACUCUGAAUGGUCUUAAUGGUCCCCGUUUUAUUUUAUUUUAUUUUUUUUAUUACCAUUGUAUAACCACAGUUUUACUUCAAAUACCAUGGUUAAACUAUGCUUAGUGUAGCAAAAUCAUGAUCACUUUGUAGUUACCAUGGUUUAACUACAGUAACCAAGGUUUUUUUAUUAUUAUUAUUAUUAUUUCUUU